GCCAGCGACCUCGUCUUUCGAUCGAUUUUUUUGGCACUGACUGUUGGUUGACGGCCAAACGACGACGGAGAGGGGAGGGUAAGGGAGAAGGGAGGGGAAUUCGAGCUGUCUUUCUCUUCAGUAGGGAGGAGGGAGGAGAGAGGAGAGGUCCGAAUCGUAGGGCCGCCACGUGGAAGUCUCGAGGACCAGCUGUAGCAGCAGGACGCGUGAGUGACAAUGCCGGCGGAAAUCGGCGGUCGCGAGAUGAAGGGAAAGACAGCGAAAGAAGGCGGCGGAGGCGGCGGGCCGUUGAUACGACUUGUGAUCGGGGAUGAGUUGGGUUGCACCAAAGUGGUUCAAUCAACCAACGGCCCAGAUCUAAUCGGGGAGGUGAUCGCGAGAUGGGGGACACCUGAUCGUUCUCGAGGAGUCGAGUGCAUGAGCUUCAAGUCGAGGGGCAGUGAUGGCGAAAGCGGCGGCCUUGUCAGAGUGGAUGUGCUGAAUCUUGCUAAUGGUUUUACACAUUUGACGAUAGCCCCGCCUGCUGCGACUUCUGAUUCGACGGGCAAAGUGACUGCCAAAGAAAGGGCAUGUGUGAGGGGAGUGCAUAUGUUUGACCGUCAGAAUGCUUCAAGGGAACACCUCGGCAUCGUCUCGUGCAAUGGUGAUGGUUGCCUGAAGGUUGACAACGUAUGUUUGGACGGAGGGGCGUGGUCGGUGUCGUCGUCUUCACAAAUGAAAACAAGAGAGAGGGAUGACCAGUCGGUACUUUGCACAGCCAUGGAUCGUUCCGAGAGAAGCAUCUGUGUUGGAGGAAAGCUUCUCGAUGUUGCGCUUUGGGACUUAGAGACGCAAACUCGUAAAUGGCAUGGCAGAAAUGCCAAGCCAGAUCCGCAAACUGGGCUAAUAGUUCUGCCGUAUGUUACGCGAACGAGUUUCCUUAAUGGGGAUGAGAGGAAGGUGGUAAUUGGCACCGCAGAUCACGAGGUACGAUUGUAUGACACCUCUGGACCGAGGCGGCCAGUCGUGGUGCUUCCAUAUGGAGAAACAGCAAUCAAAGCACUUGCGGUUGAACCAGGCGACAAUGCUGUGUAUGUGGGGAAUGCAGCCGGGGAUCUGGUCUGUUUCGACAUGCGGACAUGGAGGAUGACUGGGGGUUACCGUGGACAUUCUUCGAGCAUUCGGAGCAUUGCCAGACAUCCUACGCUUCCGCUGAUAGCAUCAUGCGGACUGGGACGACAUCUUUUUGUGCACGACAUACACACUCGCAAGACCCUUUUCAAGGUGUUUUUGAAACAGCAUCUGACAAGUGUCUUCUUUGAUGACACAUUUACUGCGCCUCCAGAGGCUGAAGAACCAAAGAGAAAUUCGAACACAGACGAUAAUGGUGUCGAGUCAUCCGACUUGAAGAUGGACAGUAGGGAAGCGGAGGAGGGAAAGCACAACAGCCGCGUGAAGUCGAAGUUGAGGAAGAAGGCCAAGAAGCAUCGCAAUGGUUACGAUGCGACAGGGAGUGAUAUGGAGGAGGAUGUCGCGGGCCUUAAUCCAGAGAAAACUCUCGUGUCCGAGGACAAAUUGAGGGAAAGCGACGACGGAGCCCCUGCGGCUGCCGCUGCGCAGCAACCUCUCGAAAAACACAGCGACGACACUUCUCGUGACCAUGAGUCUAACGGAAACGACCAUACUUGUUCAUCUGCUGCUGCUGCUUCUGCUGGUGGUCAUGAAGACCCGUCCGGUGGUCUUCAUGGUGUCACGACGAAGAAAGGAAUAAAAAAGCGGAAACUGAAAGAAGGAAAAGGUAAGAAGGUGCGCUUCGCUCUGGAUGAGCUGGACCCGUCCGGUGAGGACAAAAUGCGUGGAACUGAUGAGGAGUCUGAUGGCGACGUCGGUAGUGAUGGAAAAGAGACGAAGCGGAAACGCAGGUUGCAGGGGCAACAAGGCAAGAAGCUAGCACACUUGGUUCGCGCCAUGCUCAACUCUUCGGAUGAUGAAGGGACGAGCGACGAUAGCGCAGACAUUGCCGGAGGCGCAAUGGUCUGGCAGCCACUGAACAAUCGAGGGGUGGAGCAAGCAGACACAAAAAGCGCAUUGAAGACGGGACAGAAAGUGAAGAAGAAAGUGCGCUUCGCUCUUGACGGAGAAAACGCGGUGGUUAGUGGUGGAAGGAAUGGAAGCGGCGGGGACGAGGUUGAUGCUGCGGGCAACGCUGCUGCCCAACGGCCAGCCCAUGGCCAGCAGGGGAAGAAAGCGAAGAGGAGACAGAAGUCGAAGAAGAGAAAAGCAGCGAAGCGAGUGCAGGUAGCGGUCAAUUGAGAUGUUUUGGGAUGAUGAUGAAGCCUUCAAUGAUCAAACCUUAAUUUACGCCAACCCUGGCUUUUCCACCCUUUUAUGGUCAAACGGACUCUUAACACCUGAAUUCACGGUGACACUGGCUUUGCCAGGCUUUAGUGGUCAAACCUGAGUUCAUACCAACCCUGGCUUUUCCAGCCUUUAAUGGUCAAACAGAAUGCACAGUCUUGUCCUUACUUUUUGUCAAACAGGAUGCUUACCGUCUUCCCCCGAACACAACACACCCCCAUUUUGUCUGUAUUGGGCCGGAAACAUACCUUGUAUACGUUCAUUUUCAGGGUGCGUUAUGUUCGGGGGAAGAUGGUAGUCUUCGAACCCAAUCGAGUUUGAAGUCCCAACCCACCACCUCCUGGCAUACCUUUUCACAGCAAGGAGGGGCAAGCCUGUGCAUUCUGUUUGGGGCCUAUUUCCUCAUUAUUUAUUUUCUUGCAGGCCCUUUUCUCUAAGUUUCUCUUCCCCUGACACAGCAGAACCUACCUUUGAGUUGACGACCUAAGCCCAGUUUGUACAAUGCACAAGUA